GUCGCGAUUAUCUACAGAUAACCAGGACUCAAUGUUCAAAGCCAUUGAAGCUUUGUCCAAACGCUUCGACUCCCUGGGCACAAAUAUGGAAAGAAAACUGGAUUUAGUAAACGUGAAUGUUAUGAACAUGUCUGAAAGGACGACUGCUUUGGAAAUGAAAGGUAUGCAUAUUUAUAUUGAUUUUCAACUUGGGUUGUAUUGCUUUGCUUUACUGCGGUUUGUGAUUGGUCUAUGAAGGAAUCUUGGGCCUCUCUCUCAAACAAGAAGAUGCAAAACGAAAGACAAGUCUGACUCAAUGAUGAACAUUUCUCCUACUUGUGGCUGUUCACGUUGAGUUACCAAUCCUCCCUUGUGACAUCAUUUUCCUACACAGUUAAACCUGUAUUUUUUUCGUCGCGAUUAUCUACAGAUAACCAGGACUCAAUGUUCAAAGCCAUUGAAGCUUUGUCCAAACGCUUCGACUCCCUGGGCACAAAUAUGGAAAGAAAACUGGAUUUAGUAAACGUGAAUGUUAUGAACAUGUCUGAAAGGACGACUGCUUUGGAAAUGAAAGGUAUGCAUAUUUAUAUUGAUUUUCAACUUGGGUUGUAUUGCUUUGCUUUACUGCGGUUUGUGAUUGGUCUAUGAAGGAAUCUUGGGCCUCUCUCUCAAACAAGAAGAUGCAAAACGAAAAACAAGUCUGACUCAAUGAUGAACAUUUCUCCUACUUGUGGCUGUUCACGUUGAGUUACCAAUCCUCCCUUGUGACAUCAUUUUCCUACGCAGUUAAACCUGUAUUAGGUGGUCACCUACGAAGAAUGGCUGAAGGGGGGGGGGGCCACGUAAGACAGGUUCCACAGAAAAGAGGUCAUAUAAAAACGAUGUAAAACGCCAAUUUGAAGCGCGAAAAUUUUACCAAUAUGCAAGUGGAAAGUACGCAUCUAAAGUAUGUUCAAGGAUGUGAUGUAACGCAAUCCGAUCGCAUCUAACCUUUGCUUGCGAAUGACUUGGUGAUCUUUGGCUUCAUUUCUUCGAAUGUAUUCCACACAAACCUUCUAUCAACACCGACAUUGUUUCCUGAAAGUAGACUUUCAAAAGUGUAAAAGAUUUAUUUGACAGUUCGAUUUUAUUUCAUUUAAAUAUACUUGCGUGUCAAAUUCUCAGUUCAUGGAAAAUCCCAGAUAUCUUUUCCUUACACAGAUAACCUUCAAUACCACUUUGUAAAUUAUGUGAAAAUUACAAUCACGCAGGGCAGUGUAACUUGGAAAUGAUACUUGGAAACAGCGGUAAUCUCAUUGUGAAAUUCAUUUUAACUAAACGUUUGAACGUGUCCUUUAGUAGCAUGUCGUAAUGAUGUGGGAUAUUGAUCAAAUGAAGCCUUUAAGUGCUACUGUGGUUCUUUCUUUCUUUAUUUACUCCGAGCUUUCGCCGUUCUACGGCAUCAUCAGGGAUGAUGCCGUAGAACGGCGAAAGCUCGGAGUAAAUAAAUAAAGAAAGAACCACAGUAGCACUUAAAGGCUUCAUUUGAUCAAUAUCCCACGAAAUUCAUUUUGAUUCCGUAAGAAUCGAAAUUUGUUUGAAAAACUUUCUUUUUUGACAUUUCGAAUUCACACCAUGAAUCAAUAUGUUUUUUGUCCUACACAUUUGUUAUUGAAAGAUCUUUGUUUAUGUCUCAAUUUCUUCAGGAAGACUGGCUCUCAUUAACAAGACAAUCGAGGCGUGGUACACAAGUCCUUACUCGUUUAACAAAAGUGUCGUAAGGAAACUGGAUGUCGUGAUUAAGUCAAUCGAAGAGCUCUCUUUGCAAUUUAACAACACAUCUAAAACGAUAAAGGCAUCGGCUAUGCCAGGUAUGCGUCUUUUAAAUAAUUUUCACUUGUGUGUUGUAAGCAAUGUAGGAUUGCCUGAUUUCGCUUUACCGCUCUAUGCAAACUCGCAUCACCCUAGCUAGCCUAUCAACUAUUAUGAUGUAAAAAUAAGCAUGGUACAAUCAGAGAUGAGAAACUUAGCAACAUUUCUCAAGAGAUUUAUGUUUUCUUUAUUAAUCUAUAUCGACAUAUUUAUAUUCAUGCGUCUAUGUAUUUACAUGUAUCUAUUUAUCAGUCAGGAAAUUUUGUCCUUUGUUGAAAAACCCGAAGAAUGGUUUUUCACACAGUCACAAAAACUGCACGGGGGAGUUUAUUUCAUUCAGUUGUAACCGUAGUUACUGGUUAAAUGGACCCUCAGAGCGUCUCUGCCUGAACAACGGUUCAUGGACGGGAGUGCAGCCAACUUGUGAAUUUGGUAAGAGUUUCACUCGAUGAUUAUUUAGAGUGUCUUUCGGGUAAGGUUAGUCCUGAAAAAUUUUUAUUAGCCUUAAUAAAAACCGGAGACGAAGUAUGUCAUUAAAAGUAGUUAGAUCAUCUAAGGAUGAAGAUGUAGAUGUAGAUGAAUGUAGGUGUAGAUGUAGAUGUAGAUGUAGAUGAAGCACUGGGCAAAGUCCCAGUCAAUAGCGUUGUUUGUAGGUUGAUGACGUUCAGCUAUUUGAUUUUUAACAUCAUCGCUUGUUUAUGUUCAGUCAGUUUUCCGUUGAAGUACCUGCAAACCUCUCUGAUGUUACAGGAAGCCCAGAAACUGGAAUCCCUAAUCUCGCUUGUGUGUAUCUACCUUUAGUCGGUGAAUGUCAAAAGGCAAUCAUCAGUUUGUUGGUUUUUCGGACGUUGUGGGGUUGUGAUUCGCAAGAUGCUUCCGGACAUAUCUGUUAUGUAUUGCAGGAUCACUGAAAAACUACGAGUCCCGUUGUAGAUCGAAUAUGCAAUUUUAUUACUUUUGUGGAUGUUUCGUUCCUUGAUGAAGCGUCGUUGAAGUUGCCCUGGAAAUAAUUGCAAAGUGCAUGUAAUAUUAACCGGAUAAAUUGUCUAGUGUUUU